AUGGGUGAGAUUUGUCUCAACGGCGGCACCUCGGUCCCAGCGCUGAUUUCUGGUGCACACCUGUUCUGUCUCUGCACUGAUGGCUUUGAAGGCACACAUUGUGAAACAGUAAAAGCGAGUCACUGCUAUGAGGGAGUGGGACUGUACUACAAAGGCACAGCAUCUAAAACAGUCAGCGGACAAACAUGUUUGCAGUGGGACGAGGAGACCAGGAGGCAGCACCUGCAUUUGGACAUCAACGCCGGGAAGCACAACUACUGCAGAAAUCUUCACUACAGACGUCGUCCGUGGUGUUAUGUUUGGAAAAACCUGCAGCUGGUGUGGGAAUACUGCGAUAUGCCGCUUUGCAAUUUCAAGCCACUUCCACCUGUGGCUUCACCUGUCCCCACCCAGCCAGAGCACGUUGCAGAGAUGACGACAUGUGGCCAGCGCAUCAGAAGAAAGCAGCUGAAGAUCGUCGGCGGAACAGUUGCCACUGUGGAAUCCCACCCAUGGAUUGCUGCCAUAUUUUGGCGCCCUAAAUCCAGAGAGAAAGUUUUCCGCUGCGGGGGCAGUCUGAUCUCCGCCUGCUGGGUCCUCACAGCUGCCCACUGCUUCCCCGACGGAAAUAACACCAAAGCAGAGCGCUUCACCGUCACCCUGGGGAAAAACGCCCUGAACGAGAGCAACCCGACCGUGGAGCAAAAAUUCAGGGUGGAAAAAAUCUUCAUCCACGAAGGGUUUGAUAACAACGAGGGGAACUUCAACAAUGAUAUUGCUCUGGUGAAGCUGAAGACCAAACUUGGUAAAUGUGCAAAGGAGAGCAGCACUGUGAGGACGGUCUGCCUGCCGCCACCUCAGCAGAGCCUGCAGCCAGGAUUCACCUGUGACAUUGCCGGAUACGGGAAAGAAAGUCACGCUUUGUGGUACAGGUCUCAAUACCUAAAAGAGGCUCAGGUGAACCUCCUCGCCGACGACGUGUGCCGAGGGAAGGAUUAUUACGAUAACAUGAUUACUGAUAACAUGUUUUGUGCCGCUCGUCCCGACUGGAGUCAGGAUGCCUGCGAGGGAGACUCAGGAGGCCCUCUGGUGUGCGAAGUCGGAAGAAGGCUCUUCCUGUUUGGAAUAAUCAGCUGGGGCGACGGCUGCGCCAAAGAGCUGCGUCCCGGUGUUUACACCAGAGUGACCAAUUACAACAAAUGGAUAGAAGAGAAGACUCACCUGGGGUCCAUCACCGCUGGAGCCAUGUUUCCUCAGAAAUGACCUUUAAGGCCCGCCCACAUGUAGAGGCAUUUGCUGGUGAAUAUUUCAGGUUGUGGUUGUGCAUGUAAACCUCAUGUUUUGUUUCCACUGGUUGCAGUACAAA